GGAGCACCGAGUAUUUCAGGGCUCGGAAGCCCAGAGGAGCUGCUGCUGCAGCUCUUACCACAGGGGACCUCUAAUUGGCUGUCUUAUGCAAGAAGGGGAUGCUGGAAGAGCUUGUGCACGUGCUGUCCCUCUCCUGCAGGCAGCUGCCUGAUCCUGUGUGUGUUGGGGCUUGCUCCUGGUUUGAGGGAGGGAUUUUCCACUCGUGCCAGGCAGCCUCGCCUGGCAAUACAAGCCUGAUGAACUGCUUCCUGAACUUGGUAGUUUCAUUACUGCUACUGCAAUGACUUAAACUCCCAGUGAGCUGCAAGACAAGAUUUUUGAGGAUCUGCAAGGAAAACAGGACAUGUGCACGGCUGAAGCAACUGCCUCUCUGCUCCAAGUGGAAGAAACCUUCUCAUCAUGCCUGGCACGGAUAGAUGCCCUCAUCCUCAAGCCUCUGCUCCAGGCUGAGCCUAGUGACCAAAAGGGAAAGGAGAACUUUAAGCUCUUCCUGCUCCUGAAUGAUCGAUUUCAAGCUCUCUGGAACCUCACAGAAGAGAAUUACCGGAUACUGAAACAAAAGUGCAGCACCUCGGAGUCAUUCUGCAUCCAGGACAUUUACAUAGUCUGGAAAGGAGACCUAUUUCUAAGCCUCUACAUCCAAUACUUUGUCACUUUCGCAAACUAUGUUGUAGUCCAUGGCUUCGAACAUGCCACAAAGAGCAAAAGUGAAGCCUGGAAACACCAUAAGACUGUGCUGAAACAAUUCCUCACAGAUUUCACCUCUGAGACCUCCAUGUCACUAGCCUUAUACACUGUUCUUCACAAACCCAUCCGGGACCAUAUUGAGCAAUAUCUACUGCUCCUUACCAAGCUGAAGGAGGUUCUGAAAGAGGGCUCUGAAAAGGACGUUGUUUCCAGUGCCAUCAAGGAAUAUGGGAAGCUGGAGUCUUUCAUCAGCCAAGUCCUGGAUGAAGCUUGUUUUACCAAGUCCUUAUGGAAAUCCCUGGGCUACAAAUUCACAGACAUGCUCUGUGUACCUGAAAGGAGGCUGCUGGAAGACAGCAAAAAUCUUCCCAUCUCUGCCAGCACAAAUCGAUCAGAUCGGAUCUUGCUCUUCGAUGAUGUCCUUGUGCUAAUCCAGGGAAACAGCUUUCAGAGUUUUGAUCUGAAGCUUGUGUGGGUAGAUGAAAACUGCAGAGAGAAAUCGGCUCCAGGACCGUAUGGAUUCAGUAUUAUAACCCCGGAAGAAACAUUCUUUCUCUCUGCCAAAGACCCUCAGAUGAAGGCUGUUUGGCAGUGGAAGCUGAACCAGGCCGUUCGGCAGGCGCUGAACGGGAAGAGGGACUUCCCGCUGUGGGGCAAGACUGGGGAGGGCACCGAGCCCCCGUCCUGCCGCUUCUUCACCUACGGCUUCAGGCUGGAGGGCAAGUUCAAGAAUGCAUCCUACGAGGGCGAGUGGCACUGGGGAAAGCCACAUGGCAAGGGGACACUGAAGUGGCGUGAUGGACGCAACCAUGUUGGAGAUUUCAAAGAGGGCUUGGAGCAUGGGUUUGGGAUUUGCCUUGUCCCGCGGCGCUCUGAAGACCGGUAUGACUGCUACAAGUGCCACUGGUAUGAGGGCAAGAUGAGAGGCUACGGAAUCUGUGAGUAUGGGAAUGAUAUGGUCUACAAAGGUUACUUUAAAGACAACGUGCGUCAGGGGUUUGGGAUACUGGAGAACCUCUCAGCUGAGCGACCCUUUAAAUACACAGGACAGUGGGAAAAUGACAAGAAGAAUGGAUACGGAGUCUGGGAAGACAAAGAUAGAGGGGAGAGAUACAUAGGGACAUGGCUCGAUGAUCACAAACACGGGCAAGGCAUCGUAGUAACCCAGUCGGGUGUCUGCUAUCAAAGAACAUUUCAUGCUGAUAAAAUGGUGGGUUCUGGGAUUCUGCUCUUGGAAGAUGACUCUGUCUAUGAAGGGAACUUCACAGAAGAUCUAACAUUUGUUGGCAAGGGCAAGUUGUCCUUUGCCAAUGGCUUCAUUCUGGAGGGAACCUUCACUAACAAAUCAGGCCAAGGCCUGCAGACACACGGCAUCCUGAACACAUCCAACGAGCAGCUGGAUGACAGGAUAACCAAAGCUCAGCUGGGCCUUGAGGAGUUUCCAGUGGAGAAGAGAUGGAAGGGAAUCUAUGACCAGUUCCUGGAUUUCAUCCAUUCUGGCUGCAAGGAAGAAACAGAGGAGUCUUUCAUGGGGUUCCACAUACAAACGAGCAAGGAGCUGAGGAAAUCUCAGGAGUAUCUCUUCUGCCAAAGGGGGACUGAGGAUGUAUCCUGGAAGAUAGAAGAUAUUCUUGAAGAGCUCGUCCAGCACCAGGGCCUGGAGUCACUACAGAGUUAUUUAGAGAAGGCACUGAAAUCUUCCCUGCACCCACUGGGAAAGCUGCUGAAGGCCUUGAUGAUAGCUUUUCAGGCAACAUAUUCUGGGAUUGGGGCCAACAGACACUUGCUGACUAUGGCACAAGAGGAAGUCAAGUACUAUGCAAAGAAAAUCUGGGAGUUUUACCAGGGUUUGCUCCAUCUGGCACUGGAACAGAAAGGCCAACAGCCAGUAAAGUGUGUAGAUGGAGAUACAAGUGACCAGAAGGCUUUCAGUGUGGUCCUGCCACUGAUCUUGCCCUGCUUCUACCCUGAGCUUUUCAUGCUCUACAUGCUCUAUCAUGAAAGAGAAGAUGACCUCUACUGCCAAGGGAUCGUGGACCUAAGUCUGUUUCCUGACAUCAAGCUGCUAGAGUUUCUGGAUGUGCAGAAACACCUCUGGCCUCUGAAAGAUCUCACCCUGACAACCAACCAGAGGAGGUCCCUUAUCAAAGACAAGUGUUUCCUGUCAGCCACAGAGUGUCUGCAGAAGCUGAUCACCACAGUGGAUCCCAGGGAAAAGCUUGUGAUCCUCCAGAAGACAUACGAGGAGAUAGAGAACACAGUGUCCCGGGUGGUGGAGAAGGACUACAAGCUCCCCAUGGAUGACCUGUUGCCCCUACUGAUGUAUGUUGUGUCCCGAGCAAAAAUACAGCACCUGGGAGCUGAAAUCCAUCUGAUCAGAGACUUGAUGGACCCCACCAAUCAAGGGGGAAUGUAUGACUUUCUGUUAACAGCUUUGGAGUCCUGCUACGAGCACAUACAGAGGAUGAGACUCCACCAAAGAGAGAACUGCCACAUGACUCACAGUUCCUGAGCCUGAGGACCUGUUGGGAAGCCCCUCCCUGCUGCACUUUCUUGACCAAACACUGUUGGAUGAAGAAGCAAUCAAGUCCCUGCUGUUCUGGCUGCCUUUGUAAAGGGAAGAACAGUUACUGAUCAGAUGAGGGUUUCUCGCUGGGUUUUUUCUUAGACAAGCUAUGAUCACAAAGUGCAGACGUGGAUGCUGUGGACUAAAAGCCUUCAAUACCCAACUUCAGCCUGUGUUUGGGAAUCUCUUGGAGGAAAGUGGCCAAGGUUUCUUUUGCCCUGUAGUUUUAUUUCACUUUCCUGCAAACAGCAACUCUUGAAACCCAGCAUAACUGUUCUCUCCGGUGCUGCUUGUUUUGCGCUGCUGAACUGACAGAAGGGAGAAGAGGUUUUGGUUUGGGGUAUUUGUUUUUUUUUUAUAGAAAGCAGUCAACUGAAACCACAACUGGUUUGGUGGGACAAUUUCUGGUUGGCAGAAAUGUGGCAUGGACAAGAGAGGCCAUCUCCAUGUUCCUGAAAAACCUUUUCCAGGAGUGAGGUGACGUUUCCUGUAUCCCCAAGAGGAAGGUCUUCCUAUUCCUCCUCCUACCUAUGCCAAACUCAGUACCUCUCCAUUGCAUUGUCAAGCUGCUAUUGACUAACUUCUUUGGUUUAUGAUACUUACAAGUGUAUAUUUAUACUCUGCAGACUCCUGUUAAAUCUCAGGGAUAUCACAUUUGCACCUUGAACGUGGUAGUGCUGCUUUGUAACUCUGCAGGGGUUCAUGUGUGCUCCCUUACAGAAAGGACACGCGUUGUCCUGGGCUCAGACAUCUCAAAACCUGGUGAGAGAAAACACAAAACCACCUGGUUUUCUGCACUGACAGAGCUGCAAAAAACACUGGUUUUCCUUUGUGCUGACAGACUGCCCGCUGACACCAGUGGGGUACAAAUCAGAUUAGAAUUGGGCUGGGUUUUAUGCUGCCUUUCUAAAAGACAAAUGGAUAUUUAGUAUCCUGCUCCUACCAGACAAAAAACACUCAUGUCUGAAUUGCUUAUUAGAGCAAGAGCUCUUUUGAACUAGAUUUUAACCUGAUGUUUAUUUUUUUUUUUUACAGUUUGUCUUUAAAUUGUCCAGGUCUGUGAAUUUAGGAAAACAAAACAAAACUCUACAGACUGUUGCCUCCUGUUUAUCACAAGUAUUAUGCUUUAAUAAAUAGUACAUUGAUUACAAUUGUUAAAUAUUGGUAUGAGAGUAUCCUAAUGUAUGUUUUACAGUAACUUGGUAUUUAAAUAAAGCUGUUUAAUUUUUAAGAGAGA